AUGAAAAACAAGUUGUACAUUUCGUUCUUAUUUGUUUUGCUCAUACUUGCCCAUGGAUACAACAUGAUAAGUGGCAAUGUUACAAAUUACACAAUUUCCAAUGAGAAGAAUGGUUUAAAUAAGAAUGAUUUACCAAAUUGUAACAAAGGUAACAAUGGUCAAAAAAUAUGCAACCUUGAUAUUAAUGAGGAAGAAAAAGGUUCCUUAAAGGAUAAUAUGAAUGCUUCAUUACGAGAAAAUAUUGUGAAGAUGGAUCCUGUUAAUUUGAGUAAUAGUACUGACGUUACGCAACAACAGGUGGAUGAAGAGGAUUCCAGAUAUAUGGAUGACAUAGGACGAAGGGAAAAAGAUCUACAGGAUAAGAACCGAACUACGAAUGAUGUUAAGUUUUCUAGGGAUGUGCGAGACCCAAGUGGUGAUAUCGAUGCAGACAAUGAUGAAGUGGUAGAUGAUGAAGUGGUAGAUGAUGAAGUGGUAGAUGAUGAAGUGGUAGAUGAUGAAGUGGUAGAUGAUGAAGUGGUAGAUGAUGAAAUGGUAGAAGAUGAAAUGGUAGAUGAUGAAGAGGCAGAUGAUGAAGUGGAAGAUGAUGAAGCGGAAAAUGAUGACUUGUUAGAUGAUGAAGUGGUGGAUGAUGAAUUGAUAGAGGACGAAGUAAAUUAUGACAAAUCGAGCAAUUCAAUGUCAACCGAUGAAGAGCACAUAAGUCCAAUACAAUCGAACGGCAAGAGUAAAAAUGAAAUAAACGAAGAGGCAAAAGAAAAUACCCAAGUGCAUAGGAUAAAAAGAGUAAAUGAUAGACAAAGCAGUAGGGACGACCCAGACGAACGAAAUGAUAUUUUUUCCAUGGAAAUAAAUCAGUCUAAGAAAUUUAAAUAUGAAAACGAAAAAGAAAAUUAUCAUGAUGAUGGUAAUACCUUUUGCGAUAUAAUAAAAGAAAGAGAAGGAAAUACCUCCUUCGGAGAAAAAAAAGUAAGCAUUGAAGACGAUAUUGAAGAAACCAAAGAAGACGAAGAGAGAUCAGAAGGGUGGUAUACAAUUCCAACAAUUGAUUCCAAGGCUGAAGAUUUACUUAUGGAAGAUUAUACAGAUGAAAAAGAUAUUCAAAAAACAGCAGAUUUUUUAGUUGAAAGUAUGAUUAAGUUACUAGAUGAAAAGGGUUCUCAUGACGCGGUAAAAAAUUAUGCAAAAGACUUGAUUAAAUUUUUUUCAAAUGAUUUAAGUAGUAAAAAUGGACAUUAUGCGUGA